AUGGCGGAUCUUAAACCUCCAUUCACGAAAGAAACAGCGAACACGAAGGUCAAAGCAGCACAGGCCCUGUGGAAUACAAGGGACCCAGUUCGAAUCGCGCAGGCUUAUACUCCUACUUGCAUUUGGCGCAAUCGUGACUCGUUCAUUUCUGGCACUGAGGGCAUCAUUGCGUUCUUGACGCGCAAAUGGAAUCGAGAGAAAAACUACAACCUUCGCAAGGAGCUCUUCGCCUUCACAGAUGACCGGAUCGCUGUGCAAUUCUGGUACGAGUACCAGGAUGCAGAAGACGAGAUGCGCUGGAAGCGCUGCUAUGGCCUUGAAGACUGGACAUUUGAUGAGGAGACGGGCAAGAUGCGCAAAAGAAUGAUGAGUGGGAAUGACUUGGUGCUCGGACCCAGCGGAAAUGGUCGAGGCAGGUGGUUUGUGGAUGGGAUUGAUGUUGACGAUGUAGCGAUCACCGAGGAGCACUGGUAA